UGAUUUUGCAUUUCCGAGCAGGGGAACUGUUUGUAAAUAAAACCGGUAUCCUUCCUGUCAGCUUGUGCACACUGCUUUGGAUGGCUGUGCACAGCCAUCUAAAGCAGUGUGCUUACAGUGAAGCACAGACACAGCACAAUGUAAAACAGCAUAAAGUUAACUCUUUGAUCACCCCUCAUGUUAACCCCCUCCUGCCCAAUACCAUUAGUACAGUGUCAGUGCUUUUUUUAACAGUGAUCACUGUAUUGGUGUCACUGGGGAUGUCAGUGACACCAAGUCAGUUCCCUCCAGUGUCAGAUGCCCACCGCAGUCCCACUAUA